AAGAACCGAACCAGAGCCUAAUUCCAAUGUCAAAACCCUAAGAAACCCCUAACGCACAAGGGGAGAGAUGUGCGGAAUCGGUGUGAUCAUCUCCGGCGUUCGCAUCGGUUCAUCAUCUCCAAUUUCCCAUUCCACCUCUCCGGUCUCGUCGGCGUUUUCAGUGGAUGAUCUUAAGGCGGCUCUUGGGAGGAGGGGUCCGGAUAGUCUGGGAUGCAAGAAGAUUUUUCUUCAUCCCACUGUUUCGGGGGAAGAGUGUGUGGAAUUGCGAUAUUGUGGCGAUAAAUGCGAUCGCACGUUCUUUGCGAAAGGAGAAUUGCACUUCAUUGGCGCCACUUUGCAGCUCAGGGGGGUGAAUCCUAUUACCCAGCCCUUGGUAGAUGAAUCUGGCAAUAUUCUUGUUUAUAAUGGUGAAAUAUUUGGAGGAAUUCAUGUUGGCAGUGACAGCAAUGAUGCUGAAAUUCUUUUGCAAUCUCUAGGAAAGUGCUGCACUUGUGGUUCUCAUGGACACACUACAGCGUGCAAUUACAGUGGAUUAGGAAAAAGUUCCAUUCCUGAACUUCUUUCAACCAUUAAGGGGCCAUGGGCUAUAAUCUAUUGGCAGGAUAGUUCAAGAACCAUGUGGUUUGGUAGAGAUGCAUUCGGAAGGCGGAGCCUCCUUGUGCACUGGCCGAAUUUGGAGGAUUGCCGGUUUUUGCUAUCAUCUGUAUCACCAAUUUCUUCUGUUGAGCAGAGUUCUGAUUUUGAAGUUGAAAACGGAAUUACAAGCAUCAAUUUCUGGGACGAGCUUUCAUGUGGGGUGUACAGUGUAUCCAUUGGUUCGUCAAAAGCAGAUAAAUGUCUGCUCGGUGAAGUAAAAAAACAUGAAUGGACAAAUCCCAUUCUAAAGGAACUAGUUAAGUGGGAGAGAACAUAUGUUGAACCCAAACCAGCGGAGUUACAUUUUAUGAUUCCCAGCAAACAGCCUGAUGUGCAUUCAAUUUGUUUGGAAAGAAAGCCUUCGGGAUUAGGGGCGAUGCAAACAUCAGUUCCGGUGCCAGCACAGACGGUGCUUAUUGCUUUGAGAGAAUCUAUGAUGAGACGCACUACACAAAGUGCAAUUUUUCCGGCAGUUACAUGUGACCUUCAACAAGAAGAACUAGUUCCUGUGGCCAUUCUUUUUUCUGGUGGAUUAGAUUCAAUGAUACUUGCAGCAUUAUUGGAUGAGUGCCUACAACCCAGCUAUGGUAUUGAUCUACUUAAUGUAAGCUUUGAUGGUCAGUCUGCUCCUGAUAGAAUCUCUGCUAAAGCUGGACUAAAAGAACUACAAAGAAUCUCACCGUUAAGAAGGUGGAAACUUGUGGAGGUUGAUGCUGAUUUGUCGAAGUUAACCCAGGAAACAAAGCAUGUCAUGUCGCUCAUAAAUCCUGCAAAAACUUACAUGGACUUGAAUAUUGGAAUAGCAUUAUGGCUUGCAGCUGGUGGUGAUGGUUGGGUUCAUGAAGAGAUUGGGGAGAUUGAUAAUGAUAAUUACCAGCGUGUUAAGUACAAGUCCAAGGCCAGGAUUCUCCUAGUUGGUUCUGGUGCUGAUGAGCAAUGUGCUGGGUAUGGUAGGCAUAAGACAAAAUAUAGAAGUGGAAGUUGGCUUGGGCUAAAUGAGGAAAUGAAAUUGGACAUGCAGAGAAUUUGGAAAAGGAACUUGGGGAGAGAUGAUAGAUGCAUUGCUGAUAAUGGCAAGGAGGCUAGAUUUCCUUUCUUGGAUGAGGAUGUCAUAAGGACACUGCUUGAUAUUCCCCUGUGGGAGGUUGCCAACCUUGAUCAACCAAGUGGAACUGGUGACAAGAAGAUUCUGAGAGAGGUUGCACAAAUGCUUGGUAUAUAUGAAGCUGCAACUCUGCCUAAAAGAGCAAUACAGUUUGGUUCAAGAAUUGCAAGGGAAUCAAAUAGAAAGAACUUUGGAAGUAAUCGUGCAGCAAAUCAGGCGUCUGCAGGGAGUGUUGUGAUUUAUGGGACAUCCAACUUGACUUAAUAUCGUAUUUAGAGGUGCUUGAUGCACAGAUCGUCCUUCCCUCUGGUCUACAAUUUUGGUCAGCUUAGUUCCAGAUUCAAAAAUGGAUGCUAACUAAUGAUGCAAGCAAUGGCAUCAUUUUGGUGGAUUUGGUCUGAGAAAUUUUCAAGGUUUCGUUUAUGCACUCAGUACAUGAGAAAAUUUGUCAAUGAUAUUGAUCUCUUGUUGAAUGCUUUAGGUCCGAGGGAAGAAUUUUAUAACAACGCUUGACUAAUUGUCAAUUAAAUAUCAUGUCUUUUGCAAUCAA